AUGAGGCUGUGGUCAUGGCAGCAGUGUGGGGAGAUCGCUGUGGUUCUUCUGGGCUUCCUGACGUUGGUGGUGUCUGUGGGGAAUCUGUCCACCAGAGGACUGCAGGAGGAGGGCGUGGCCUCCAACAGUCUGGAGGAGGAGCUGGAGGUGACCACCUACUGGUGGGGGGAGUGGGCCAAGUGGACGGCCUGCACUCGGACCUGUGGAGGAGGAGUCAUGUCUCAGGAGAGACACUGUCUCAAGCAGAGAAAGAAAGUUGCUGCUGGGAAGGACAACAUGACCUGUACAGGAACUCCCAAGAAAUAUCAUCUCUGCAACACUAAAGACUGUCCGGCCACCGGGAGGAGCUUCAGGGAGGAGCAGUGCUGGUCCUUUAACUCGCAGCUGUACAAUGGGAGGAACUACCAGUGGAAGUCUCUCUAUCCUGACGACUACGUCCACAUCUCCAGCAACCCCUGCGACCUCCACUGCACCACCGCCGACGGCCAGAGGCAGCUGAUGGUGACGGCCCGAGACGGGACUUCCUGCAAGUACAGCAGCUACCGAGGCGUCUGCGUGGACGGUAAGUGUGAGCCCAUCGGAUGCGACGGCGUUCUCUUCUCCUCCAACACUCUGGACAAGUGUGGAGUCUGUCAGGGCGACGGCAGCAGCUGCAGCAGGGUCACCGGAAACUUCCGGCGCGGAGCCACGACUCUGGGUUAUUCGUUCAUCACUCAAAUCCCUGAAGGGUCCUGGGACAUCCAGAUCAUCGAGAGGAAGAAAUCGGCCGAUGUUUUAGCCGUCACUGACCAGGCAGGAAACUUCUUCUUCAACGGCGCCUACAAGGUGGACAGUCCCCAGAACUUCCACGCAGCCGGAACCGUCUUCAAGUACCGCCGACCCAUGGACGUGUACGAGACCGGGAUCGAGUACAUCGUCGCCAAAGGCCCCAUCGACCAGGCCAUCAACAUCCUGGUGUGGAACCAGAACGGUCGGACCCCCUACAUCACCUACGAGUACACCGUCCUCAGAGACUCCCUGCCGCCGGUGCCCCCUCCCCCGGUCUACACCGGGUCGGACACCUCGGCCGGGGAGGUCUCCGUGGAGGUGGGAGGCUUGCUGGCUCCCAACAGCAGCGUUUACGACCAGGUGGCUCCCGGGGGUCAGCUGGACGCCGGAGGUAGCGACGGCCAGAAGGGCCAGGAGACCAACGAGGUGUACGAGGAGACGGCGGCCAUCGACUGUGACCAGGACGGAGCGGCUGCACCCAAAUUCACAGGAAACAGCAGCCACGCAGGCAGCACCGCCAAGCCUGCCCCCGACGGUGGCGCUCUGGAUCCAGGCCCAGAUUCACCCAACCUCAUCUGGAGGGUUCUGCUGGACGGUCGGAUCGGCCCGGACGAGCUGCUGAUCAACAUCUCCACCAACCAGCUGCUGACGGAGGGCGACGGACUGUUCUCGUCCGAGGUGGGACCGGCGGAGGUGGGCAGCCUGGAGCGGGGAGGUCCGUUCGACCUAAACGAGACGAUGGCGUUCACGCUGGGGAACAAGCGCAACGACAGCGGAGACAACGUCAACCAGAACAAGACGGUGCAGGGCGGAGGGAGGACAUCAGGCCGCUCCAACAGAACCAGGGGCAACCAGAGACUUUACCAGAAGAACCUGAAGCUGAGCGCUGCCGACAUGUAUCGCUGGAAGCUGUCGUCCCAGGAGCCCUGCAGCAUGACCUGCUCUAUAGGUGCCCGA